CCCUGCCAGAACAAAGGAAGCUGCUCUAGCAUAUCAGGAUCUUCUUACACCUGCCUGUGCCUGCCAGGCUUCAGUGGACGGAACUGCGAGCUAGCAUUCAAGGCCAUUCCUGACUCCUGCUUGCAUGAGAACGGGGGCUGUGAGCACUUCUGCGAGGAGGAGGGGGGGCGACGCAACUGUUCAUGUGCAGACGGCUAUUUCCUGGGGACUGAUGGACAGCGUUGCCUGACACAAGAAACAAUGGCCUGUGGGAAGGUUCCUGUCCUGCACGGCAGCGCCUCCGAGAAGGGAGACAUACCGUUGGACCCCCGUUCACGCAUCGUGGGGGGAACAGAGUGCCCUAAGGGUCACUGCCCCUGGCAGGUACAGUAUGAACCAGUGGCGGCGGACAAGUUGAUGUAUCUGACGUAGAGGUGAAGUCUCUUUCCCCACGGUGUGUUUCUACAGGUGUUGUUAGUGAGAAAUGAGAAGGGCUUUUGUGGAGGAGUCAUCUACAAACCCACCUGGAUCCUCACUGCCUCUCACUGCUUGGAGAAUAUCAAGGCCCAGCACCUGAAGGUGGUGGCAGGUGAACAUGACACAGAGAAAGACGAGGGUACGGAACAGACCAUAGAUGUGGCAGAGAUCAUCAUGCACAACAGCUACGUGUCAGACACGGCGGACAGUGACAUCGCCCUGCUACGUCUGAAGACUGCCAUCACUAUGACGCCUUUCGCCGUGCCCGUCUGCCUGCCCACCCGCUCGAUGGCGGAGCGUGAGCUCUGGGCCAUCAACCUCCACACGGUAAGUGGCUGGGGCCGGCGCAGCGAGAACGGCCCUACGUCACGUGUCCUCCGGCGGCUGGAGGUGCCACGUAUACGUACCCAGGACUGCGUUGACAUGAGCGGUGUCACGCUAACGGCUAACAUGUUCUGCGCCGGCUACAUUGAGGGCAAGCAGGACUCCUGUAAGGGGGACAGCGGCGGACCACUGGUCACCCGCUACAGAGACACCACGUUCCUUUUGGGUAUCGUCAGCUGGGGAAAGGGGUGCGCCCGGCCGGGGAACUACGGGAUUUACACCCGCGUGUCCAACUACCUGGACUGGAUCCACAACUACACGGCAGAGCAGCCGACAGUGCAGCCGACAACGCAGCCGACAGCGCAGCCACAGAACACCACGACCACACUGCAAAACACCACGGCCAAUCCAAAUGCAGUCUUAUAAGUGUCACAGAACAGGAGCAGUGCUGAGCCCAGUACCUUAUUGGGUUCAACUUGUAGUACAUCUCUGAAACCAUAUUUGGCUUUCAGAUUAUAGUAUUUAUAUAUAUCAUGUUUUGUUUCUUGUGCUUCAACUACACUUUCUAAAGUUUUUCUGUAUGUUUGUUGAUUUUAUGGUUUGAUUUCCCUCAGAUUUUUUUUUUUUUAAUAAACGCUUGAUUGAUGCCAAAGUAAACUGACCCUUCUCCUGUGUCAUGAUAACCAUUAAAGCAAACUGACUCUUACAUAAGUUGGUGUUCAAUUACAAUGCAUUUGCCAUCUUAAAACAAAGCUGCUUGCAUUCUGCUCAGACCCCGCAGGCUCUUUGUGUAUGUUAUAAGAAAGAGGACAGUCACUGUCAUUAUAUGUUAUGACCCCUGUGCAGUUAGUUGGGCCAACAGGAUUGAGGGUAUAAAAUGUAAUUUUGUAUUAUCAGGGAACAAUCUUCUCAAACUAAGGCAAUUGUAUAUGUAUUUAGCAAAAUACGACCAGAAUAGUGGUAAACAUAUGAACACAAAGGCUGUCAGAGUGUUGUAGCCGUUUCAAAUAUAUUACAAUAAAACACUGUUCUAGAAGCAUUCA